GACACACCUCCUCUUUACCCCCCAUCUCACUCACACACGCAAACACACACACACACACACACACACACACACACACAAAAGGCAGUGUGAGAGUGGGAGCAUCGCAGGCUGAAGCAGACAACAUGUAACGGCGGCAUGAAGGACGAGCGUUUGUCUCCGGGAGGCUCCCAGCAGGUGCAGCGGGACUGAGGCUGCACCUCUCCGCGUCCGCCAUGCGCAGCGCGUCCGACCAACUCUCGGUAAGGCUGUGUUGAUCAUGAAUCUCACUGAAUGGAGAGCAAUGAAGUUCCUCUAAGAUGACACGAACGCAUCCUCCUGACAUACUGGCAUCAACUCUGUAUCAGGAUAUUACUCUAAAUCCCAUCAGUGACCGCUCCAUUUCUUUCCAUUCAACCCAGCAAUGUGACUCGAAAAUGAUUGAUAAACCAGAAAUCAUCAAUAAAAGACACUGCCGUAGUUUUGACUUCAUUGAGUCACUGGAUGACCCACAGCCCUUUUCUUCCUCAAUGGAGUACCCUUACAAGAGGCCCGACCAUCAAACACUGAACAAAGAUCUCAUGUGGAAUGGGCUUGACCAGCCGGGGCAUCUUCGCUUUUCGUCUCCUGAUCUGUUUAACACCAGACAGUUCCAGCAGCACAGCACUCAAGACAAAACAAGCCAUCUCACGUGGUCAGACUCGAAAAAGAGAUCCCGGUCUAAAAGUGCUCCUCGCGUUAAGACUACUUUAACCCCUGUACCCAUCUCAGUGUCUCCUCCUGGGACCAGGAAGGGGAAGGAUGCACCUCAGGUUGUGUCAGAUACCUCAAGAACUUCUGAAACACAGCGAGAGUCCUUUUCCUCAAGCAGGGCUUUUUUGAAUGAGGUGCAUCCCAUUAAAUUGCAACCUCACUCUCCCCUCUAUGUGUCGGACUGCUUCGAGGAGGAUAAGCCAGAUAAACCUGCCGUAACCCCUCAUGUCAGGUGCCGUGUGGACAUUAAGCCAGAUGCUGCUGUGCUCCAGCACACAUCAAGGCAGAUUCCCAAUGUGCGGACUGACCAUCUUUGGCAGAGAUACUCCCAGGCCAGUAGCAGUAGAGGUUUGUAUGUACCACGGCAGAUUGUCUCCUCACCAACGCCCACUCCCAGUGAAUGCUACAGCGGAGAUUUUAGACAAGGAUACCAGUACACAACUAGCAUGUCUCCAAUCUCCUACCAGCAUGUGGACAUGCACAGGAUGCCAUCGCCAACAGCACCCUAUCUGAGUCAAGAACAUAGAGCUUACUCUAACCCCAACAUACCCACAAAGUUUUUCUACACAGAGGAUGCUAUUCGGUAUCCAGUCCAUCCCUAUUCAAGAACAUACUUUCAGGACGAUCGGUCUAGUUUAACCAGCCAUGGUAGUACAGUUACGAGUCAGUAUGAUCCAAGGACUCGAUGGGUGCACACCCUUCCUGUGAGGUCAUAUUACACAGACCAUCUUUCUAAUAGAGAAUCAGCAAACUCUCUAUAUAGUAGACCUUAUUCUACAAGUGAGGCAGGAUCGUACGUUUCUCAAAUUCCACUCUCUCGAGCUUAUUAUGGGGAGGACAGUCGGUUCAAUCCAUAUAAUAUGAGUAGUUCGAGGGUGCUUUACUCCAAACCCUAUGGCUCCCCUGAGGAGCAGUACUUUCCAUCACGGCCAUAUCACACAGAAGGUCGUCGACGCCCCCGAAUGUCCCAGGCCUUUUCAGAUGACUGGUAUCGCUCAAGUAUAUCUGGUUACUCAAACCAGUCAUCUCAGCACACACCACCGAGAGUGAGACCAGAGUCCACUGUGCCGCCUUGGUUUAUUAACAGUUGUGCAGAGACAAAUCGACUUGGAGCAGAGGCCAAAAACCAUUCAAAGUCUUGGGACAAUAUUCUUUUUCCACGAAAUGACAGAGAGCAAUCAGUGCCACGUGGACGGAGCUAUGAGAACCUGUUUUACCAAGCAAAGCAUACGCCAUCCUCUGAUGUUACAUCACAGCCUGUAAUACUUAAUCUCUCAAGUUCACCAAGGCGCUAUGCUGCCCUGUCACUCUCUGAAACCUCCUUGGAGAGAGGUUCAAGCAACCCCUGGAGAAAUACAAAGAGUGGACACUGGUUUGUAACUCCUGAAAUUACUAUUACUGACAAUGACAUAUGUGCAGGCAACAAUAGGCGGCAUGAAGUCCACUCUGUCACCUGGGACAUGGUGGACAAUGAAAAAGGACCAUCCCCAAGAGUAGCACAUCAGAAGCAACCAUCUGACACAGCAGACUUUACCAAAGACAGGAAACACAACAACUUCUCCCUUCAGCAGAGUCUGGAACAACUGGACGAACUCCUAGCUGAUUUGGUUGUUGACUACAAACCGCCAACUAGCAGAAAGUCAAGCGAAGACCUCAUAGACCAGCUCAAACAGCUCAUCACAGAAGAUGAUGAAAAAGACAAAAGACCGUCUGGACUGGAGAACUUAGGAGGUCUGAACACACAGCUCCCAUCCUCCAAAUCCAGCCCUGACACAAUCAAAGAUCCUGAUAGUGGAUGUGAUGCUUUACAAAGGAGCGCGGAGGAAUGUUCUCCAGACCACAGCACAGAUGAAGAUGACACCAUGGUGUGUGCUAACAAGAAGUGCAACCGGGUUGAAAAUAUGUUCAAUGCCUGCUUGUACUUCAAGUCAUGUCACAGUUGCUACACCUUUUACUGCUCACGAAAUUGUCGGAGGGACGACUGGGAGACCCACAAAGAAACAUGCCUGUAUGGUCGUGUCAGCAGUGUGUGUCGACAUACUCUCAAGUUCUGCAGAGAAAACUCAGAAAUCCACAAAGCCUUCUCGCGUGUUGCUAAAGCUGGCUAUCUCUCAAGAGGGAGAGGCGUCCUCUUUCUGGGUUUUGCUAAUCCAGAGACAGCUGACAACUUCCUGCAAGUUGGACUUGAGAGCCUUCUCAUGUCUCCUACAUACUUAUCUCUCAGAGAACUGGAUGGGUUCAAGGAUAACCUUGGUGAAUACUGCAAGGAAUUACAGCAGGCAGGGAAUGAAUAUGACCCCAAUGAAUGUUUUCUUCUGAAUGUAUCCGUAGCUGUUGGUGAACUAGUGCCUAACAGACCCUCUCCGAGGGUCCAAGCACCAACAGUUCGAAAAUAUGCAAAGGUGUCCUUGGCCUCUUCAAGCCCUGACAAAAAGGUGCUGAAGACGGAGAGUGAAAUGGAAACUCUCAUCCUCACUCCACCUCCGGGCACACCAGACAUUGACAAAGAGGGGGAGGACGGAAGAAAGGCCAGGGAGGUUUGUUUUGUCAAUAUUCAGCGUGAGCUCAGGACCAGGGGAGUCUUCCUUCGUCACGAAUACCCCAAGAUCUAUAAUCAGCUGUGCGAGUUUGUGGAGAGCAACAAAAGGUUCACUCCUACGACUAUUUACCCAAUAGACAAGAGAACAGGGAAACAGUUCAUGUGCAUGAUCAUGGCUGCAUCUGAGCCAAGAACACUGGACUGGGUGGGUACCCCUCAUCUCUUGGAUGAUAUUAUAUAGUAUAGCACUAAAUAUUAUGAUGUCAACUACACUAAAUGUACAUAUUGUAAAUACACGGUGUGAUUAAUUGAACUGAACAUGGAAAUUGGAUAUCUCUCGCUUUCUCUCUGUCUUUCUCUCUCUCUCUUUCUUUCUCUCUCUCUCACACACACACACACACAGAGCGAGAGGUAGGCACCUGAUGCACACCACUUUUAAAGGUUGUCCUCUGUUGUUUUUGGCUUGUUUUGAUCCUGUUGCUGCACACAGAAGAGUUAAUAGCCUGCAUGUAGACUAGGCACAAUCCCAGUUAUCCAGGUGUUUAAGAUGUGAACAUGUAUGAUCUGUGCAGUUUCUGCUGACAAUGUCUGAAGCACACAAUAUAUUAUGAAGUCCACAUGUCAUUGCUUCCACACACCGGCUGGCAGUGCCAGGUUUCAUAUUGUUAUGGUCUCCCAUUGUUUAUUUUCCCAGCAAAUGUUAUAUCAGAAAUUUAGAUUGAGCCUUGUUUGAGUGGUUGUAACAAUACAACUGUUUAUUGGUAUUUAAGUAUUUUUCCUUGGUAUGCUAUAGCUUUGUCUGCAUUUUUUUUUAUAUUAUUUCUGCCAUAUUAGUUGUUGUUUCAGACCUUAAGAAAAAUUAAAUCCUGCCAUCCAUUUGUUUUCCCAUUCUUUUAGGUUUUUAGUUGGAUAUUUUUUCAUCUUAUGGCUAGACUUGAUGUCAUUAUCAUAUAAAUUGCUUUGUUUGAAAGUGGCCUUCAGUCAAAAACAGGAAAAAAAUGCAUUUGACACAAAGCAAUGUAUAGGGUUAGGUAUUUCUAAAGACUUAACAGCUCUAGACGUAUAGGUUGUAUGAACUACCAUUGUAAAUGAAUAAUUAUUUUGCUCAAAGCAUGUUAUUUAUAUUCAGGUAUUUUAAUAUUGAUAUUGCCUAUAUUUCAAUUUAUUAUGUUAAGAAGAUCCCAUUUGAUGCUUUGAAAUGUAAGAGGUAUAUAUUGAAUAUUACAUAAUUUGAACAUCAUGAACCUGAGACCUUAUAAUAACUAAUACCACAGUAUGUUCUUAAUUAAACUAUAUGCAAUAAAAGAGCAACCUUAACAUCUAUAUAUUAAAUUCCUAUUUUAUUAU